AAUUUGGUUCUAUGGUUGUACGUUGAAAUUUGAAUUAAAAGUAAACAAUCAAGAAAGAUGAAAAAGUAGAAAUAGCCUGGGAAUGUGGAAAACAAUUCGAUUACAAUUCUCAGUUUUAUUCUUCACUUUCCUAGAUUACUUACUAAUUAAAUUCGUAUAAGUUUCAAGAAAAAAAUGGAUACAUUAGAACCACAUCCUCAAUCUAUAUUACAACUGAAAAGUAUAUUGGAGGCUUCUUGUUCCUUUUCCUUUCAAUUCAAUGAAAGUCCAAAUAUCAUUACUAAAGAACAAUCUUUAGUUGUCAAGGAUAUUGAGAGAGCCAUUAAUGAAGAUGAAGGAAUUGUUGCAAAGAUAAUGGAAGGAAUCGGUGAGAUAUUUUCUAAUGAAAUAUACCUCAAGAAAGCUCUGCUGCCUAGUGUCCUCAAAAAAGAUGGUGUAACAUUUGUGAUUGAGCAAGAGAGCCUAGUGAGACUAUUAUUGAGAGUGAAUGAACUUCAAAACGCUGUCUUCAAAUUGCUGAUGGAAGAAUUAAUCAGAGUUUGUUCAGAUACUGAGGAGUGUAGUGAAUUGAGGCUCCUUCUCAAUCCCCUCAAGUAUCUUCCAAACAUCAAUGACGCCCAAUAUUUCAGUCAGAAAUUACUUGACAUAUUGGAGAUAUGUACCCCAGAGUUACAACUUGAAAUGUUAGAUGUUAUACCUGAUAUAAUACCCGACAGUUGUUACAAUUUAGUUGCUGAGCAACUUCUCACCAUAUUGAACGAAGAAAAUAGUCCCUGGGAUGCGAUUAUUGGGUGCUUCGGGGCCUUUGAUUUCGAUGAUGAUGUUAAGAAGAACAUAUAUGGAAAACUCAUGAAUUUAAUAGUUCCUGUUCAUCCUCAAUGCUUGCCAGCCACAAUUAAAUUGCUGUUCAAUACUCAUAAAGGUAAAAUCCCUUUGGAGAUAUUUCUCAGAAUAAGAGACAUCAUUGAUUCUGAGAUGGAAAAGGCAGGCCUCCAUCCCCUGAAGUCAGAUAUUGUGAACGCACUACGGAGUGUGUCAAAUAAGGAGUACUUCAUUCAGAGCUGUUUAGAUAUGUUGAACUCUAUUAAAUCCCCGCAAGAUCACAAAACAUUCGACCUGUUCAUAUUACUGAUAUUAAGAGACGAUACAAAAUAUAAAGAAAUCAUCAGGAAGAAAGUGGAAACAGGUUAUUUCAUUUCCAUGCUAGUUACAAAUCUUGUGCAUAAUUCGCAUUAUAACAACGCUCUUACGUGCCACGACAGUUCCAAUGUCCUGAUUAAAUUGGCAGGAUAUUUAUUGAGAUUUGUAUCCACGAGGGUGGAGAACUUCACAAUGAGUUUGUUCGAGGCUCUCAUCAGUGCUAACCACAAUAAAGAACAUGUCCGUGUGCUUGCCAAGGAAACUAUAGAGUGCAUUAUCAGAACUUGUAACAACAGUGAUAUGAAAUGUGUCCAUCAGGCUCUCAGAAUAUUUUAUAACCUAGUGGAGAAACAUCCUAAAAAAUUCAGUGAUAACUUGAACAAGCUGUUGGGACUUUUGAAGAAAAUGGACGAUUUCGAUUUGCACGCCGCAUCUAUGGCGUAUAAAACUAUAUGCCAUAUUCCAUAUAUCUUGGAUCCUGAAAAUCCACAAUCUGAAGCCCUUGGAAAUGAGAUUAACAUUAUGGUCAGGAAGCAGUUAAUGAGUUCCAAAAGAUUAAAGAAGUCUAAAGGAAUUAUGGGAGCAAUUAUGCUGUUGCAGCGUGAUAUUUUUGCAGACGAUACAAGUGACGGAGGAAGCAAUGAUGAAGAAAUGUGCGGUCCAAUGCCACCGGAACGUACUUUAACAGUUAUUGAGAGUGUUAUAAUUCUAACUGAAGGAUUCCCUGAAUGUACUGGUAUGUUCUACGAUGAAUUGGCUACGAUUGUUCAAAAAAAUGUUGUGAAAGCAAAUUUUUCUGAAUGGAUGAUGAAGAAAACUCGCCAUUUAUUGGAAUAUUACGUUUGUAGCCAUAAAGAUCAGAUGACGUUGAUAGACAAUUCAACUUAUAUACCAAAGUAUGGAGCAGUUACUCCUGGAAAAUCAUUGUGUCUGAAGAUAGGUUUGAUGUGUGCAGAGCCUCAUAAAUAUGUGAAUAGUCCCUUGAUUCUCCUGCCGCCUUUGUUCCGUUUAUACAGAAUACUCAUAUCCAAGAAAUUUGUAGAUCCAAUGGAUUCAGAAGACUAUAGGGCACUCCUCAGUUGUUCUUUCAUGCUACCAAGUUUAGAAAACCUUGAAGAUCUUAGCAGUAACCAGCUGAAGCAAACCGUGGACAUUUUAUUCCAUACGAUAAAUUAUCUCAAUGAAGUGGUCGAUGCUACUAUUAGUAUGCCAAUACAUGAAGAACUAUUUCUGGAUCGAUUUGAGCUAGUCAUCAAACUGGAAGGAAUAUUCAAUGGCAUUCUUUUCAGAAUCACCGAACACACAUUUCCUACAGUCUACUUCUAUGAUUGCCUGAACAAUAAGCAAAUGCACGAGAUGAAGAAAAAGUGUACAACCAGAAAGGGGAAGAAACGAAAAAUCACCCACGACGAUACUACUGCUUCUACGUCUGUCCUAAGUAUGAAUGAACUAAAUACUACCUCUACCUCUAUGAUCACCUCAAAAAAACAUGGUGUACAAAGUCUACCUUCGAAGUACCUCAUAGAUCAUAACAUCCACUUUAGAGAAAUCAGCUUAUACUCCUUGUUUAAUAUGAUUCAAUACUCCACAGUGGUUAAUCGUGACGAACCAAGCAUGAACAUACAUAUAGAAUAUAGCCUUCUGGUUUUCAUUUUGAGAGAUGUAGUUAAAGGAUUGAAGGGUGUUUCGCAAAAACAAAGAGAAUUACCCAGUUUGAAUUCGAUAUCAACGCCAGAGCAAGUACUAAAAAAUGUUCUGGAAGAUUUACCUAAAGCUGUCGUUAGUUUCAGAGAGUUAGUUAAAGAAAUGGAUUCGUUGGAUAUCUCAAAUGAUAAUGUUGAAACUUACUGUGAAUUGAUCAUGUGCUUUUCCUACUUUUUGGAGUUAUUUCAUUUAAUUUUGAAUUCUCCAGUUGAAAAAUCUAAUGAACUGAUCCAUAAAGUUCAUCAAGCUUUAGAUGUUGGUUAUGAAAGAUCUGAUAGUCCUGCAGAAACUAGAAAAAAAUUGUUGAAGACCUUUUUGGACGAUCUCAAAAUCAGCGUUGUUUUAUCUCAUGGUGUGCUAAUCUAUCAGAUGAUAGAAAAAAUAAUGGAAUAUGAACAGUCAAGUAACAAAUCCUUGAAAAUUACAUUGUGUGAGAAAAUUGUGAACAAGCAAUGGUCUCUACCCAAAUGCAUCCCAUAUUCUGAAAAACAGUUCAAUCAAGACACCAAGUUCAUUUUGGAAAAGUAUUUCAAGGAAUUGAAAGUUGAGGAACUCCAUGAAUUAUUAUCUAAAGUAGCAGUAGAAUAUGUUGAUCUGAAGAAAAAAAGUGAUCAUCUUCCAUCGUUACCUAUUAUAAGUUACUCGAAUUUCCACAUUCUCUUCGUCAGUUUGUGUACAGCAUUGCACGAAAAUGUGGAAAGGGAAGUGCAGUUCUUCCAGUUGCGUCAUUCAAAUAUGGAACAUUUGAAGUUGUGGAAAAACACAACGAGCUUCAUGUUUCUCCUGAUGGGAAUUGCUCGAAAUGUACUCAAUCGACACAACAUUUUAUUGUGCACCUUCCUGAAGAAAUCCAUUCCUAUCCUGAAAAUAUUUAUCGCUCACGCUUUACCGAUUUUCGACGUCAUGUUUUCUUCUAAAACAGAGGCUGUGGUGGAAAUUCUGAAAUCAAUGCAAGCAAGUACAAGAUUCAUCCAUCACCUCUGUUGCCAGUCUAAAAUGUUCAAGAAUUUUUCUGUAAUUUCGCAUAUUCCGAGUUUUCGUCUGGUAUUGGAACAGUUGAUUUAUAAGGUUAAAGCUCUCUUGGUUUCACACAAAUGCGAGGAGGCUUUCUUUUUGGGAAAUCUGAAGAACAAAGAUAUCCACGGUAACACCCAAACGAGCGAAAUUAUGGAUGAAGAUACUACCCAAGAGAAUGAGCAAGGUGAAGAUGACGAAACAGUUCAGUCUGACGAUGAUAGCGAUGUUAACCUGGAAGAUGAUGAUAGGUCAGAAAGUUUAACUUUUUGAUUGUAGCUUCGAGACAGCAUUAUGGAUUGAUUUAUUCAUAUGUAUUCUAUUACUGUUCUAUUUUUUUAAUGUUAUGGAUAUAAUGGUGAUAUUAAUAUAUCUACUUUCUUACGUUUUUAUAUUAGAACUAUUUGAGUUGA